GUUCGUGAGCGUUAAACGAAGCCAAGCGACAGUGAAGAAGAGAAACUUUAUUCGAAGCAGGACAGAGCAGCGCUCACUUUGCACAAUCUGCAGGGCAUCAGUCUGGAUUACAGAUAUUAUUUGGAGAAGAUACCGUAUGCAACGCUAUUGCGGGAGUGGAUAUAAUCGUUCUUUUCUGUGAAUUUUACGUCUGCCAGUUGUAGUUGGUGUGCAGUUAUUGCAGUUUCCGGAUAUUAGUGUCACAGGAAAGACUGUGGAGGCACAGCCGUGGGAUUAGCGAUUUUUGUAUUGAUUUGUACAACACAUGCGUUAAUUUAUCAGCAAAACGUUUAACAGACGAUGAAGUUACGCAGGUAACCAGGGUGAGAACACCGCCGAGCGAGUGAAGCCGAACGCUACGCUCGGGUUCAUCGAGGUCACUUCCUGAUGAUGACAGUAAACAUGGGUCCCACACAGAGGGUGUCCUCACUCACACACACACAAACAGAUGACGGUUUCCCCGCUGGACCAGGACAUCACAGGAACUCACCAGAUGACGAAGAGGCACUCAACUCCAUCAUGAAGGACCUGGCUGCCCUGGGCCGCCGGUGCGUUCACCUCAACAGCAGCAAGCCCAACAAGAACAAGUCUUUGCUAUUUAAACAGGAUUUGCGGGUGAAAUUGGAGCAUGAGAGGGAAAAACGAAUUCUCCUGUUCCAGAGACCGCUGAAGUUCAGGGAGCUCCUUCAGAAAGUGACAGAUGCCUUUGGACAGCAAAUGGACCUGUUCUAUGCUGACAGAGAGCUCCUGCUUCCUUUAAAGUGCCAGGAAGACCUGGAUAAGGUAGUGCUGAGCUUGGACAGCAGCCCCACGGUCAACAGCCUGCUGAGAGUGCUGCUCAAGACCCCCAAGAACAACAAUCAGCAGUUUUUACAGGUCAACAGCAGAGUGGAAAAACAGAGCGAGAUGAGGUCGUCCAAGUCUUUAGGAGAUCUAAAGGGCUCCCUGUUCAAAGGCUCGGAGCGGGUGCGCAAACAUUCCACAGGCUCCCUGCACACCGGGCGUACCUCACCUCCUCCGGGCAGUGUCCCUGAAGAGCAGCAGCAGAUUGCCCGGCAGGGCUCCUACACCAGCAUCCACAGCGAGGGGGAGUUUAUCCCUGAGACCCAUGACCCAAAUAUUAUGGAGCCCUUUGGAAGUGCAGAGGAUUCCCUGUCCAGCAGCUGUCAGUCACUGAACCAAUCAUUGGACAGCCCUCCAUUCUCCCAGGCCAACAGGGACAAUAAUUACCUGAACCUGAGCUACGAAUACAACGGUCGACACUGUAAAGGUGGAACCUUCCCCAGGCAGUUUCACCUGUCCAGUCGAAGCAAGGACUACAACGAUGGUCGGAGGACAUUCCCCCGCAGUUUCAUGCCUCAGGAGAACCUGUUCCAGCUUGUCCCAUCCAGCCGCACGCGCAGCUACAACGGGGACGGCCCGCUGCAGUACAGCGACUGGACGCCCAACAAGAGCGCCCAGUGCAACGCCCCAAAGUCCCCACAGGCGCCAGUGAACUGGAGGCUGGGAAAGCUGUUAGGGCGGGGUGCAUUCGGGGAGGUCUACCUCUGCUACGAUGCUGACACGGGCCGGGAGCUGGCCGCCAAGCAGGUGCCCUUUGACCCCGAGUGUCAGGAGACGAGCAAGGAAGUGAACGCUCUGGAGUGUGAGAUCCAGCUUCUGAAGAACCUGCGACACGAGCGCAUUGUCCAGUACUACGGCUGCCUUCGGGACCCCGAGCGCAAGAAGCUCUCCAUCUUCGUGGAGUUCAUGGCAGGGGGCUCAAUAAAGGACCAGCUGAAAGCUUACGGAGCUCUUACAGAGAAAGUGACGCGCAGAUACACUCGGCAGAUUCUACAGGGGGUCCACUAUCUCCACAGCAACAUGAUUGUGCACAGAGACAUUAAAGGUGCUAACAUCCUAAGGGAUUCCUCUGGGAAUGUGAAGCUUGGAGAUUUCGGUGCCAGCAAACGCAUCCAAACAAUCUGCAUGUCUGGAACAGGGAUCAAGUCUGUCACCGGCACCCCCUACUGGAUGAGCCCAGAAGUGAUCAGUGGCGAGGGAUAUGGACGGAAAGCUGACGUCUGGAGUGUGGCCUGCACGGUGGUAGAGAUGCUGACGCAGAAGCCACCGUGGGCAGAGUUCGAGGCCAUGGCUGCCAUCUUCAAGAUUGCCACGCAGCCCACCAAGCCUGCACUGCCUGAGGGCGUGUCUGACUCAUGUAGGGACUUCUUGCAGCAGGUGUUUGUGGAGGAGAAACGACGUCCCACAGCCGAGGGGCUGCUUAGCCACCCCUUUGUCCAAGGCAGCUUCUAGACCCGCCCUCUCCACUCCCCAUGAUCUCCACCACCGCACGUGGCCUCCCUCUCAACACUCCUCCUCUGCCUCCCAUUGACAAUCACCUCACUGCCUUUCAGAGUCACCUGAACCCACGUCCCUCACCAGCCACGUCGCAACAGGACCAGCACCAAUGAGAACCACAUUGGGUCUGAAUGCAGGGCGAUGCCUUAGCAGUGUAACGCUUCGUAUUUGUACUAGGUUGCAGCAGUGAAGACUGGCUGGGCUGUUUGCAUUUCCACCUCACAAAGACCAAACUGUCAAGCGACGCGCCACCACAAAACAUGUGGAUCAGCGAUUCCUCGGAACUGUUGUUCUGCGUUACCCCUUAAUCCCAGGUAGACUCCUGUCAUGUCAAGAAUUUGCUCAAGACAGAAACGUUCUGGUUUAUUCUGCAAAACUGCUGUCUGGGUGAAUACAUUCUCAGCAAAUCAAUUGCCUUUUUUGUGUUGCAGGAAACGGCAACAAUUAAAAAUUGCUUAUUUUGGUCAUGUCUCAUAAGUACCAGUUAGAAAGCCUUGGUAAUCAUUAGCCACCUCUAUGUGACUGACUGGAUGAUAAUAUAUGAACGUAUACAGUAUGACGACAGAUAUAUGGAUGGUGUGACUUUAUAUUCAUUAACUUCAGAGGAAUGUAAUGUACUCUGAAUUUACACUGAUUAAUUGAAUCAUAGACAAAUUUGGAAAACCAGUGUCCAGAUUUUCCUGAUUUGCCAUUAGAAGAUUGCACACCCUGUGUUACUGUAACAUUCAAAGCACUCACCGUCCAGUUGGAAAGGCUUUCAUAUACGAAACCCUCAAUAUUUGCCCAAGUCCAACAUCCGAACAUUUAUCAUGCACUUUUUAAACAUAUUCAUUAGAGAGUAAAUAUGUAUAAGAUUGAAAAAUGAAAAAUAUUUUUGGAUGAUGAAGAAAAAAAAAACAUUUUGUAAUUUUAUAAUGCAGGUGAAAAUGCACAUUUUUGGUUUGUUACGUUUACAGAAAGAAAGCAAACCUUUUGCAUUGUUUCAAGAGGAUACAUAGUGUGAACUGUUAAA